AUGAGGGUCAAAUUCUACAACGCCCAUCUCGCCAGCGUUCGCCAGGCGAUAAGUGAGAAGGAAGUGAAGGUGAAAGGGUUCUUCGCGUGGUCGUACGCAGACAACUACGAAUGGAGCGACGGGUACUCUGGUCCGGUUCGGGCUCUACUACAUCAAAUACAUGGACGCAAGGCACUCCGCCUCCCAGCAGCUAAUGUGUAA